AUGAAGGUUAUAUAUAGUUUACUUCUCGGCGCUUUGGUCGCGAAUAUUGGUUGUCGUGCGCACACAGAUUCUUCACAAGAACAAAUAGCAUAUGAGAGCCGUAAUGGCUACCUUUCGAGAAGAAGGCAUCACUUGCCGGUCUAUGGUGACAAGAGCACGAGAAAAAGAAGGCAAUUUACAUACCCAACAACAUACACGUACCCCACGUACACAUACUCGGAUACCACUAGUACAUCUACCAAUCCUUUCAGCAAUGUCGCCACUACCGGCACGACCACAUACACAUCCACAACAAAUCCUUAUACGACCACAUACAAUCCCACCACGGCCGCGACCACUAAUACAAAUACAUUUGGGACGACAGCUGCUGCUGGCGUAACCAGUACAACCAGUACAACUACAGGAAGCAGUCAAGUGAGUGUAUCGGGCAGUCAAGAUGAUACUACAUCGCGACCUGGUGUCGGUGUAUCUGAUGGGGCUGUUGUAGGUACAGGUGGAAGUGCAGCGGAUGUACCUGUGUCCUCUGUAGUCGAUGCACCAGUGGCCGGAAUUUCGAUGGCAGAGGCACUCGGAGGGCCGAGUUCGGAAAGUUCAAUGUCAUCACCAGGCACAGCAGCGAGUAAUCGCGUGUCUGACAUUGACAAAAUACUUAUCGAUGCGUAUCUGGAGAAGAAUUCGGCGGCUUUGCUGGCACCGGGUGCAAGUAUUGGUACGCAAGACCUUAUUGCACCUUGCGGUGUACAGAUGAGAAUUGAUCAAGACCUGACUAUCACGAUCGACAAUACGACAAUCUUUUCCGCUGGAUCUCAGGCUCUUUGCCCGAACAAGUGUAAGAUGACAAUGAAGUACGAUGGUGAGUUGGUUAUGUACGCCUUGCAUAGAGGCGGCACACAGGAACAGGUUUGGAGCGCGAAUACUGAGGGAGAUGGAUCGUACGGUAUUUUAUUCCCAGAUGGAAACUUUGUAGUGCUGUCGACAGAUGGUAAAGUGCUAUUCAAGUCCACAAAUAGCCCGCCAACAACGAAUGACGCAUGUGUGCUGCGUGAAAAUACGAUUACUUCUAAAAUGCUUCCGAGAUAG